AUGUUUCUCGAGCAUUCUUUCCGGAACUUGAGAAUCAACAAACUUGCCUCAUCCCGGACAGCAAUCGCUUUGUUGUUCAGGUCUCGAAUGGCACAUGAUUUCACAUUUGCCUCCAACUCCCACCUUGAAGUCGAUGAUGAUGAGGCCAGUGUUUUGUUGGAAUCACCGUCCGCCACAACGUCACCCCUUUUCGCUGCUUCGAUGGCACGCUCCCUGUUCACACCGGUUAAGCAAGCUCCUCGAGUCGUGGAUGGAUUGUCUCCCACGCCCACAGCGGGGGGGUUUGAAACGGAAAUCAGUCAAGCUACGCCUCUUCGGCAACAUUCUCUAACGCCUCUGGAAAUUGCAUCUACUGGCCUCAAAGGUUCUACGGAUGGACGUAGAUUCGAUCGGCUAGCUCCUCUGCCAGCUCCAAAGUUUCCUAUUCGCACACUCCAAACGAAGAAAGAGACAGAUCCACAGCUGCGCCAGGAAACUGCCACAAUGACUCGUUUGCGAAUAUCGGACUUGAACGAGUUUCGGGAUGAAUUUGAGGGUGGCAACGAUUCUGGAUGUGAUCUGGGGUGCGAUUUAAAUCUAGAGGACAAUAAGGCUCGAGGAGAUGAACUGUUUCUUGGUGGCGAAGUCAUGCCUAUGAGGGGACGUGGAAAAGUGGAGGCUGCGCUGCAUUUGGCUGGUAAAGGCAAAUUCAAUGAAGAUGUUGCGGAGGCUGUCUGUCCGGGUGGUCAUAUCAUUAAAAGGCGUGCUCGUGCUAGGCCUCUGUCAGAUGAGCUUCUAAGUAGCACUGUUUCCCAAGCUUCGGCAAUGAGGUCUCCGGCUUACAAUGGUCUCAACGUUGUGACGUUUCCUACUGGUGCCUCCCAAUUUCGUGACCACGCAUCUCCGUCUUCCUCUUCACCUGAGAGCGGUUCUCCAAUGCCUCGACGUCGCGCCUCUGGUCUGCACCCGUCCAAGCCCCCAGUAUAUCGACGGGCUCAGCUCAACAGAGUGGAUUCAGCCACGCUGUCCUUUGGUGGCCCUGCUGUUACCGCUGCCCCAUCAUUAGCUUCAACAUCCACCUCCUCUCGCGGAGUUACUACGUCGAUCUCAUCGGAUGCAGCAGACUGGCCGUUUACCACUGCCCCUGGGCCUAAAAUAUUAAAUCGACAUAGUUAUUCCUGGAGACAGAUGCAUCCCCGUUCUAACGACGUGUCACCUACAACGUCUCCGCCUCUUUCUUACACAGCAGGAGAGACUGAAAGUUAUGACACCGACGAUGACGACUCCAUGAUGGUCGAUCUCCCUGCUAAUUCCUCGUUUGUUCUCAAUAUCACUGAAGACACACCAUCUCUCAAGCGAAUAGGCCGUACAAGUGAACAGAUCUCUAAAAAGUAUACUCGAGACUCCGGUAUCGCAUUGAGCGACGACGACGAAGAUAUGGAAUUUGUAGAGUCGUCAACCAGUUCUGAACGGCUCAGUACGAUGCCUCGGGCCUCUACUAGUGUCAGUUCUCUAUAUUCUGAUAUCGAAGACGGUCUCGUCACUCCUGGAGUAGGCCCACGAUCUAGUUCUGCCUGGCCAGAUUUUGUCAUUGUCAAUGGUCCAAACGACGGUGGUUGUGACGCCCGCUUUGCCAAGAGCACUUACGAAGCCAAGAAAGCUCCAGGAACACCUGUGAAGAAAAGCAAGGUCAGCUAUCUGGCUCGUCAGCGGCCAUGGCAGAGUGCAAUGACACACAAAGUUGGAUUUGGAGCUCAUGUAGAAGAAAAGAUGAAGAAGGUCCCUCGCAAGAGCAUGCCUGCCUCUUUUCCACCCGACACAGACUCGGAGUCUGAUUGCGAUGACUCUCCCAGUAAUCGCAAAGAGAAACAUAUUGGCUUGGGCAUUGAUAUUCCCUCCUUGUCUAAGAAUGGUGUUUCAAGAAAUCGAUGGCUUAUGCUUCGGAGCAGCAGUGGCGCUUUUUCAAGCAGCAGCGAAUCCGCCGGUACUCCCACUAGGAAUCGACCUUUAGGGGAUCAGAAAUAUCGUGCUCCACGGUCUAGUACGCGAACGCGCCGUUUAUCUCAACCUUCCCAUCAACGGCGGCCCGGUCGUUUCGAACAGCAAUUUGCUGAGAUUGCUGAGGUAGGGAGUGGAGAAUUUGGCAAGGUUAAGGAUGGAAACUCUGAUGCCUGCUUCGCUGUCAAAAAGUCGAAACGGUUUGAAGGGGUCAAACAUCGGUAUGUUGUGACUCCGGGAAGAGAUGCUUGGGAGGAAGAUGAACAGCUUUUCAUCUGGACUGAAUUGUGCGAAGGUGGUAACUUUGCCCACUUUCUGUGGGAAUACGGACGCGUAUUCCCGAGGUUAGAUCUAUUUUCACGGAAUCAUGCAAAGGCAUCCCAGACCAUGACGCAACACCCCCCGCUUCUCCUCAGAACCUCGUCGUCUAUCAGCGCCGUAGAUCGACAACGCCGUACCCAUAUUCUCGAAAUUAUCCCGAUUCUAAAAAAACUCAGCCUGGAGAGAAGAUUGCAGAAGAACUACGACAUUGAACGAGCUAACGAGGCGCGGCAGGAAAAAACCAUGCUCUUCAUAGAAAAAAAGGCUCCUGCCAAGGGCUCUCCUUCGGCUUCGCUUAUAACUAUUACGGAGGACGAAUGGAACGAUAUUAGGACAACCCCGGCCAUUUUUGAGCGUGACAAACAGGCCAAUGACAUGGAUAAUCUGUCUAAAGGGAAGCGCACUCGAGACGUGCAGGAGGGCGAUAUUCUGGAGAAUGGGCCGGAGAAGAAUCCUAGGCUCAUGACCCCAAUCAUUGAGACUACACCAGACCCGACUACCUCUCAGAACGUGGAGAUACCAGAAUGUCUCUAUCGAAUCGGAAGGUUGCACAACUAUCUUACCCUUCCUCUCUUCACGGACAACAACCUUAUUUUCAUUCAUUCCCACUCCUCGUCAUUUAAGACCUCAAAAACUCUUCUUCCAGGGGACAAGGAACGUACCGAAGUGGUCGUCCUGAAGGAUUUGCUGGACCGCCUCAACAUUCGGGUGCCGGAUUUAGAGAAAGCGGACGAAGAUGAAGGUCUUUCGCUAUAUGAAUUUCAGCUCGCUUCUAAAAAUUACUUUGCUUUCGAACUCAGUCGUGACCCAGAUGGUCAGGAGGGUACUCGGACAAAUUGGACUCGACAACAUUUUCUCUUCUUCAACAAUCAACGCGACGCAGAGAAAUACUACCAACCUCGCUCACAUAUUAUAACCCAGGCUGUAUGUUUUUUACAAACCUCGCUUCAUACAAUAUCUGUUAGCCCUUGGGAUGAAUGGCAGUCAAAAAUCAAUGACACAUUGUGA